AUGGGAAUCCCGGCGCUCUCUGCCAUCCUGCCUUUGCUCACCGGAGCUUUGGCCUUGACUCAGGUCCACGCGGGCUUCCAUUCUUUGCAGUUUUUUGCCACCGCCGUGUCCCAGCCUGGUUUGAGGGAGCCUUCCUUCAUCUUCGUCGGCUUCGUGGACGACACGCAGUUCCUGUGCUACAACAACCAGGGGGAAAGUCAGAGGAUGGAGCCGCGCGCGCUGUGGGUGACGCAGAUGGGGCCCGAGUACUGGGAGAGGCAGACCCGGACUGUCAAGGACAUUGCAAGGAAUUCCCAAGUGAACUUGCGGGAGGCUAUGGGAGUCUACAACCACAGCGAGGAUGGCUCUCACGUCUUUCAGUGUGUGUCUGGCUGCGAAGUGGGGCCAGAAGGGCUCUUCCUCCGCGGAUACGAGCAGCACGCCUACGACGGCCGCGAUUACCUCGCCCUGAGCCAGGACCUGAGCUCCUGGACCGCAGGCGACAGCGCGGCGCAGAUCACGCUGCGCAAGUGGGAGGAAGCCGGUGUCUCUGAGCAAAGGCGCUCCUACCUGAUGGGCGAGUGUGUGGAGUCUCUCCGCACAUACCUGGAGAUAGGGAAGGAGACUCUGCUGAGAGCAGAUCCUCCAAAAGCACAUGUGAGCCACCACCCCAGACCUGAAGGAGACAGCAUCCUGAGGUGCUGGGCCCUGGGCUUCUACCCUUCAGACAUCUCCCUGACCUGGCAGAGGGAUGAAGUGGACCAGACCCAGGACAUGGAGAUAAUGGAGACCAGGCCUGCUGGGGAUGGAACCUUCCAGAAAUGGGCAGCUGUACUGGUGGCUUCUGGCGAAGAGCAGAGAUACACAUGCCAUGUGGUGCAUGAGAGGCUGCCUGAGCCCCUCAUCCUGAGGUGGGACCCUCCUAAGCACAUCACCCCCACCACUGGAAUCAUUGCUGGUGUGGAUCUCCUUGCGAUUGUGUUUGCCGGAGCUGUGUUUGCCAUUGUGAUGAGGAAGAGCAGAGGUAGGGAAGGGGCUGUGUCCGAGGGCUUUUGUCUCACUGUUACCAUAAGGCAUAAACAUACAUGCAUGCUUAUUCAAUCUAGGACCGUGUGUUCUGAGGCUUUCUAAAGCACAUUUGAAAAGAAGUGGCAAAUAUCGCACAUUGAUGUGAUCGGACAUGAUCUGCCAGUUGGGACAGAUCUGCAGGCUGGAACUUGGGCUUUGACUACAUCUCUCCGUUUUUUCAUUUCCUGAUUCCACUGUAGGUCUCCAGAUAAUAAUUCUGAAAACACACCUGAGGCGCUGAACUCAGAAAUUUUCUGCUAGGAUUUCCUACCCUGCAUCUUUACUUAUCCCUUUCUUCCUGCAGAUGGAAAAGGGUGUAGUCGCUCAGUCUGUCCUAAGAGUUUACUUUCCCCAUUUUUAUCUCGAUCCCUUGGCAACUUGUCUCAGCUCCUGACCUUUCUUUCUUUUCUUUUCCU